UUGGCCGGAGAGUUUGAGUUUCCCGCAAGCUUUUGAUUCGACUUGAAUGAAAUCCUUCGCUUUACAGAAUGAAUGCGGGCAUUAUUUCCCUUUAACCACCGAGAGGAGAUUCAACAGCUCAGUGAGCCUGGAGGGGGUUAGAUGGGAUGGACAGCAAAGGUAGCUCCCUGCCUUCGAUGCCUGAACCAGCCAACCCGAUCAGCAUGAAGCAGCCACCAGAGUCCCUCAGCGUACGGAAAGGUGGGGGGGACAUGAGCAGUGACCCUGCUCUACUAAUGGACAAAGCUGCUGCCCAGCUGGCUGCCACACUACAAGACGGUGUCCUUCAGAAGAUGGCUGGCCACAGUCAUAACAACCACAGCCACGAGAGGCUCAAAGACCUCACCUCCCGUUUGCUGAAUGGGGACCAAGACACGCUGCCUAAGCUUUGUGCCCCGGAGCCACCUAUGCUUAAGGGUGCUGAAGUCCCUGCUACAAAUGGCACCCAUCAGCACAACUGCACACCUCUUCCUGAACCUGAACUGAAGGUGACAAUACCCCAGGUGGUCAAGCAGCCGCUGUUUGAACCGUACUGUGCCAAUGGGACCAGUUUGUCCACAAGCACCGAAGAGAUUAUAUCUGGAUCAGAGAAGAGACAAGAUGCGAAGAAAAGGAGGGGGAGACCUCACAAACCAAAACCUCAACCAAACCUCAGUUCCUCUCCCAUCCCUGUGGAGCCACUUGACCACACAAAUGCUGAUGCAGCAACUGAUGAGCCUGAUCUCAUUCCAGAGUUGACAGAGGAGGCUACAGAGGACCCCCCUCUGCUCAUCUCUUUUUCUGUUGGUGAUGUGGUUUGGACCAAGGUGUCAGGAUACCCCUGGUGGCCUUGCAUGGUGACCACAGACCCUGAAUUCAACGGUCACUUCAAACAGAAACAGAAAGCAACCAACAGCAGGUCAGGCCUCCUUUACCAUGUGCAGUAUUUUGGAGAUGCCCCUGAGAGAGGUUACAUCUUUGAGAAGAACAUGGUGUCUUUCACUGGGGAGGAUCAAUACCAGGUGCUAAGCCAGGGCAACAAACAGCCAGCCUCCCGUGUCAUCCACAAAAAGACGGCUCCCUCUGUGCCCCGUAAACUCAAGGCUCAGUGGAACAUGGGUGUCAUUCAAGCCAAGGAAGCCAUCAGCAUGUCACUGGAUGAGCGUAUGACGAACUUCGCUUUUCUGUAUGAUGAUGACGGGCCUCAUUUGAACCCCCACAUCAUGGAGAAGUUGAGACCAGAACAGACCAACAAGAUUGACCAGGAAACGAAGUCGAGGCUUACCCCAAAUCUGCCCUCGCUGCUGGCGGACCCUGCCAACGGCCCCACAGCCGUCCCUCACUCCCAAGACAGCACUUCAGCAGGGAAAAAGACACAAGCAUCCAGAACAAAACUCAAAACGGGAGAAUGGCAGAAAAGGGGCAAAGACCAUCCGAACAAUUUCCUAUUAAAAAAUACAUCGAACGACACGGUUUCUUCCAAAGAAAUGAGUCAUCUGCAGUCCGCCUCACAGGAUCCCACCACUUCUGCACCAGACACGCAAGCUGAAUCAAUCAUACCUCAGAAGAAAAAGAGGAGACCCAAACAGGCUCAGUCUCCCACGAAGACUGUGAGGAGAAGGAAGAAAUCUGCAGUAGACAAAACGUCUGACCCUGUGAAGAAAAGGAAAUCAAAGCUUGUUUCUUCGACAGAAGAUAUUUCAGAGCCAGUCUCACUUCCAGUUUCAGUUCCAGAUAUCAAAGUGAAGAAAAGGCGAAAGCGAAGGUCUCCUGAUGAGCAGAGGGAUGAUUCCUCAGUCGAGGGGGAGUGGAAGAAGAUGUCUAAAAGGCCGCUAACAGACGCCGCCGCAGAAAAGGGUCAGCAGCCUAAAAAGAGACGUAAAACAAGCAAAGAUGCAGAAAAACAGGCCUCCACAUCAGAAGGAACAGGCAAAAAGCAGAGAAGAAGAAAGAAAACUGACAAAGACGUAAAAGAAACCAAGAAGCGGCUAAAAAAGUCAACAGCUCUCCUUCCUGAUGACCAAGAUGCAGAGAAACCAAAGCGUAGGAGGAAAAGAAAACAGGAUGGGGAGAAUCAGGCCACCCCCUCCAAGGCAAAGAAGAGCCGUUCCUCCCCAUGUCCUGAUCCCGAGGGCUCUGGGAGUGAAGGACGUCCUGAUUCUCCAAGUGACAGCUUGGACGGGAUAAAGAAAGGUGAACGGAAGAAAGAGUUUGUCUGCCAGAUGUGUGAGCAGGCUGGUGAGGACUUGGUGCCCUGCGAAGGCCAGUGCUGUGGGAUGUUUCACCUACACUGUCUUGGUCUGUCAUUCAAACCUGACGAGAAGCUGCAGUGUCAGGAGUGCAGCACGGGAAUUCACUCAUGUUUCAACUGUAAGCAGUCGGAGGGCACGGUGCGUCGCUGCCACGUCCCACACUGCGGCAAGUUUUACCACGACGCAUGCAUCCGCCUCAACCCCCUCACUGUGUUUGACAACAAGGGCUUCCGCUGUCCUCUCCACACCUGCCUGGGCUGCCACUACACCUGCCGUACCAAGCACAAGUCCACCAAGGGUAGGUUAAUGCGUUGCCUGCGCUGCCCCGUUGCGUACCACGUCGGUGACCUGUGUGUGGCUGCAGGCAGUGAGAUGGUCACUAACACCGCCAUCAUCUGCACCAACCACUUCAAUGCCAAGAAGGCCUACAGCCACCACAGUCAUGUUAAUGUCAGCUGGUGCUUCGUCUGCUCCAAAGGAGGGCAGCUGCUGUGCUGUGAAUCUUGUCCAGCAGCUUUUCACCCCGACUGUCUGAACAUCGCUAUGCCUGACGGGAGCUGGUUCUGCAAUGACUGCCGGGCCGGAAAGAAACCUAAAUACAGGGACAUCAUCUGGGUCAAACUGGGAACAUACAGGUGGUGGCCUGCAGAGAUCCACCACCCCAGAAACAUCCCCACCAACAUCCAGCACCUGCGACAUGAGAUUGGAGAGUUUCCAGUCUUUUUCUUUGGCUCCAAGGACUACUUCUGGACUCACCAGGGACGAGUGUUUCCCUACAUGGAGGGAGACAGGGGCAGCAAGCACCAGAGGACUGGCAUCGGCAAAGUCUUCAAAAAUGCUCUGUUGGAGGCUGAAGCUCGGUUCAAGGAGAUAAAAAUGAAACGAGAGGCCAAGGAGGCGCAAGAGAACAGCCGAAAACCGCCCCCAUAUAAAUUUGUCAAGGUCAAUAAGCCCUUUGGUAAGGUUCAGGUCUACACCGCAGACAUUUCUGAGAUCCCCAAGUGUAACUGCAAGCCGACAGAUGAGAGACCGUGUGGGUUCGAGUCUGAGUGUCUGAACCGCAUGCUGCAGUACGAGUGCCACCCUCAGGUGUGUCCUAGUGGGGAACGCUGCUGUAACCAGGACUUCACCAAACGUCUCUAUCCAGAGACCAAGAUCAUUAAGACGCCCGGCAAGGGCUGGGGCCUGGUCUCUCUGCGGGACAUCAAGAAGGGUGAGUUUGUGAACGAGUACAUCGGAGAGCUGAUAGAUGAGGAGGAGUGCAGGGCGAGGAUCAAGUACGCCCAGGAAAACAACAUCACUGAUUUCUACAUGCUCACCAUCGACAAGGACCGGAUCAUUGACGCCGGCCCGAAGGGAAACUACUCUCGCUUCAUGAACCACAGCUGUCAGCCCAACUGUGAGACGCAGAAGUGGACGGUGAACGGCGACACGCGGGUCGGCCUGUUCGCCGUCUGUGACAUCCCAGUAGGGACUGAGCUGACCUUUAAUUACAACCUGGAUUGCCUCGGGAAUGAGAAGACCGUCUGUCGCUGUGGCGCUCCCAACUGCAGCGGUUUUCUUGGUGAUCGUCCUAAGAACUCAAAUGGCCAAACAGCCGAACCAAAAGGGAAGAGGUUGAAGAGAAAGUAUAAAAGGAGGAAAUCCGAAGGAAAGAAGAAAUCUGAGGAUGAGUGUUUCCGCUGCGGGGACGGGGGGCAGCUGGUGCUCUGUGACAAGAAGACCUGCACCAAAGCUUAUCACCUGUCCUGCCUGAACCUCACCAAGAGACCGUUUGGCCGCUGGGACUGCCCCUGGCACCACUGUGACGUCUGCGGGAAAAACUCUGAGGCCUUCUGCCAGCUCUGCCCCAACUCCUUCUGCAAGGCCCACCAGGAGGGGGCGCUGCGUCCCUGGCCUGCCACGGGACAGCUGUGCUGUCUGGAGCACGACGAGCUGGAAGGAACGGACAACCAGGAUCAGAACGUCAACUCUGAGACGAACGCAACAACCGCCACUACUGCCGCCAUCGCCGGCCGUCCCCCUAAAGGCUCCAGGAAGGCGGAAGGAGCCGAGGCCAAAACGAAGGGCUCCAAGAGGAAAGCAGCGGAGGCCUAAAGUGACCUCUGACCCCUCAGAGAGCCAGAAGACCAAAUUAGACUCUGAUAUCUGCUUCCCCGCUCACGAACAACUAUAUAAACCCCCAAAUAACAAUGUCGUCAGGAUCACCAGAACCAAGACACUGUAUAUCUUCAUCAUCAGGGAAAGCCGCUGACCUCUCACAUGCUCAGCGACAGCCUCCAGCUAACUGCUCACACUUUUUACCUUCAGACGUUUUCAGGUUCAUUUUCACGUAUCUGCACUGAGGCGACCCACCUGUGGUUAAAGCACAACGCAGCAGAGCGAGUGCAGGUCAGGAAACUCGGGCGAGUGGAUCCUAGCUCUCGUUCUUCCACCAGCCAAACCGCCCUUUUCCACUUUGUUUCCUUGUUGUCUUUGUUUCCAUGGUUUGAUUUUAUUGAAAAAUUGAAACAGCCGGAAGUAAAACUGAGCGUCGCCGUCUGCUAACUUGAAUCUCAGUCAGCCCCUUCACUCAGCACGGGUGAUCACGAACAGCAGAGUUUUAUAGCUAUAUCUAUAUAUGUGUAUAUCAAAGACCAAAAUUAUGAUUACUGGAAUCGUGUAAGACAUCAAACAGGUUGCCAAAUGGAUUGUUUUUAUUUUUAUAUAUAGUGUAUAUAUGCCAGAUUUAAUAUCGAACACCAGGACACUAUGGAUAGGGCUCAGAUGACCUCUUUACUUCUAUUUCGUAGCCAUAGGUUACAUUUAACUGUAGACUUUUGUUGCUAUUUUACAACCUGUUAUUUUGUUUUAGCUCAGUUUUGCUGUUUAUUGGUUGAUUGGAUCUUUUAUUUUUUGUUCUUUCCAACAUGCUGAACCAUGGCACCACAAACCGUUCAUCUACCUGCCUGUCCAGAGAAGGGAUGACAGAGAGUAUUAAACUGCCGUCUGACUUAAAAACACUAUUGAGAGGUUUAUAGGUCUUCAGCGCUCGAUGCUAAACCACAUAAAUGAAGGACUACGUGCGAUUUUCUUGGACGUUUUUCUAAGUCGAGGUUUGAGUCCUAACCUUAAGGUGCUGUUUAUUCCCCACUGAAGUAUCUGAAAUCUGAGGUACGAGCGUUUUUAUGUGUAAAUGUACACACCGUGCUGGUUUGAAUUGAAGGUCUCUCAGUGUCACUGUUCGGGCUUUUUACUGACGUUCAAGUCUUUGAUUAGUUCAUCUGAAAAACGCGAGACCUCAACGUUUUUAAUCCUCAGGAGGUUUUUAGUCUCAGAACUGCACCCCGCUUGUUGUUUCGUACUUUAACACAGGCUAACGGCGCACUGGCUAACCCCUUGUAACUGCAAUUCUGGUAAAUCUCUCAUAUUUGUACUUGACGUGAAGCAUUACAAGGAGGGUUUGGAAAGCCGAAGAGAACGGUGGCCAUUGUAGGACAUGUCGGGCUCGGCUCGGCGCUGCCAGAUGUUCAUCACUGUCAGUCCCUGAGCUUCCUCAGCCUCAGCUGGACUCAACAGCAUGAUGCUCGUAAGUCAAGAUCACAACUGAGAAACUCAAAAAGAAACAAACAUGGAGGACUCAAAAACCUGAGAUUAAUUAUUCGUUAGAGUUAAAAUGAAUAUUUGGUCACUCAUGUUGUCGAUUGAUAGAAACAUUAUUGGCAACUAUUCUAUUUUUAUUUAGCGGUUGUUUAAGGUUUGAAACCAAACAUUCCUCAUUUGUGAUGGAUGUUUUUCAGCAUAAUCCGAGACUUAAAUACCAUCAUGAAAGAAUUGAGAUGACAGGCAGGUUGAUCAGUUGCAGCCCUCAUGCUUACACUGCUGUAUUGUCAGCGCGCUGUAUUUAUUUCAUCUCUGCAGCUCACCAGCGCUCACACACUCCAGUCCACUGAAACUGAGGCUCAUCACUCUGAUAUCUAUGCAUUGUACGACAUGAUUAUGGUGCAGAUAACUGUCAAACACGAGUGAAGUCCUGAUGUUGGACGAGCUGUAGCUGCAGCUGACGCGUAGCUCGAGUCCAUUUCACUAAAUUUACAACAUCGAAGGCUGCGAUUUCCGACACGAAGUCGCCUCUUCAUCUCUCGUUUUGACCCUCUUCACUCAUUCAAAACGUCAUGCUUGAACCCAUCCCUGCUCAUGUGAGGACCGUUUCUGAACAGCAGUCUGCCCUGAAACGUGACGCAGAUAUUUGUGAUCAGCGUCUUUAAGUCUCCUUGCAUCAGUAUUAAAAUGUGCGUCAUAAUGAUCCCGGCGUACAUUCAUGAUCCAUGCAAACAGCCUGAAGUUCAUUAGACUGGAGCUGAGCCAGGUCUGAGAAGGUAGCGCUGAGGUUUAGACAGUCUGAAAUGUCCUAAAAUAGCCACCGUAGUUUGAGCUGUGACACCACGUCAGGCGUGCAUUGGUUCUGAUACAUGUUGGUCUAUGCGUUUUUGUGUUCACACUUUGGAGAAGCCAAGUUUGCCCCAACAGUGAUCGUUGUUCGCCUCUCAAACGUUGCUUCUAAAUGUACUGUACAUCACGUUGAGUGUCCUGCGUCAAGCAAGCAGCACGUUUAACUUAAGAGUUCAUAUCUUCAGUCUCUGUUUUGGGUCGGUCAUGAGGCUGCAAACAAGCCCUGUGCCUUUAAAUUUCAGAUUUGACAUUUUGAUGAGGCCCUCUCCAACAGGCGUCUCGUUUCGGACGUUUUAUCUUGAAGCCACUGUCUGUGCUUUUCUAAAACUUCUCCAAAAACCACAUUAGAGAGGAGGCCUUUUUUUUUUCUUUUUACAACUGCACCUUUUUUCUUUUUAAAUGUUUUCAUUUUUCCCAGGGUGCGUGAAUGGGACAUGUCCACAGGUGCAGCAAGUCUCGUACGAGUAUUUUCGACUUUGUGUGUAUCCUAACCUUGUGUUGAGUGAAUGUAGUCCAGCCAGUUAUUUUUGUAAGCACUGUAAUUCCCUGUAGAGCUGAAGUGUAAUGUGUGCGUAGGGGUUUCAUUCUGUAACUACUGUCAUAGUAAACCAGAGACUAAUAUGUACAUAAUGUAUAAGUGGUAAUAGUGAUGCAUCUAUUGUAAAUAUCAUACAAUUUCUCUGACAUUGUAUGUUUUUUUGUUGUUUUUUUUUUAUGUUUUUUGUUUUUCUUGAUGCAGUGCUGAAACACUUUGUGCAGGA